GAAGAGAAGGACCCUGCUCGUAAAAGGGCUGAAGAGAUGGAAGAUGCGAACAAGAGCAAGGUUACUCUUUCGGGCUUGUUGAAUUUCAUCGACGGGAUUUGGUCGGCUUGUGGCGGUGAGAGAAUUAUUGUGUUCACUACUAAUUAUGUGGACAAACUUGAUCCUGCUCUCAUUAGAAGAGGAAGGAUGGACAAGCGCAUAGAGUUGUCUUAUUGUUGCUUCGAGUCCUUCAAAGUGCUUGCUAAGAACUACUUGGAUGUCGAAUCGCAUGAAUUGUUCGCGGAGAUCGAGUGUUUGUUGGGGGAAACUAAGAUGACUCCUGCUGAUGUUGCGGAGAAUAUUAUGCCUAAGUCUGAUGAUGAAGAUGCUGAUACGUGUUUGACGAAUUUGAUUGAAGCUCUUGAGAAGGAAAAGGAAGAUGCCAAAAAGAAGGCCGAGGAAGAAGCGAAGUUGAAGGAGGAGGAAGAGGCAAAAUUGAAG